CCAAUGACAUAUAUCAUGUUUGCUGGUAUGUUAUGCAGGCUCAGUGAGAGAUGCUAUCUAGGCCUGCUCCAUUCCUUCACCAUUCGCUCGUCGGCCACCGUGCCUCGUCGAGACGUGGCAUUGUUUCGGACUAUUUGGCAAGAAGAUGUACCUCGGUUGAGCCUUGAUCAUCCCUACUUGAUGCACGCCAUACUCAGUUUUGCGGCAGCAUACAAUAUGCAUCAUUCAACCCCAGGAUCUCAUUCAGAUGACCGAGCGCGUCGAGCAGCACGAGAUCACUACGACCAAGCACUAGUAAGCAUGCGGGCUUUGGUCUCGCAGAUCACAGCAGAGGCUGCAGACCCUGUGCUCUGCUUCAGCAUUCUCAUCUGUUUCAUCACCAUGUUCUUGGGGAAAGUCGAUGGACUAGAGCCAAUAGAAAUCGCUUUGAACGCAAAGAAUAAACAUACUAAGUUAACAUAA